AUGCUGCUCUCUGUGCCGCCGAGGACAGGAAUCAACCCGUACAACGGCUACGCCGGCAAAAGCAACAAGAAGCAGACAUAUGUGUCCCCCUCCAACUAUCAGAUGGCUCCCCCAAGCCCCGGCAGCAACAACAACAACAGCAACGCAACCACCCUCAGCAAAACCAACCUCUACAUCCGCGGCCUCCACCCGGGAACCACAGACCAGGAUCUGGUCAAACUCUGUCAGCCGUAUGGGAAAAUUGUAUCUACCAAGGCCAUCCUGGACAAGACAACAAACAAAUGUAAAGGUUAUGGCUUUGUCGACUUCGACAGUCCCGGCUCAGCCCAGAAGGCAGUGACAGCACUGAAGGCAGGUGGUGUACAGGCUCAGAUGGCCAAGCAACAGGAGCAGGACCCCACCAACUUGUACAUCUCCAACCUUCCCCUGUCCAUGGAUGAGCAUGAGUUGGAGAACAUGCUGAAGCCCUUCAGUCAGGCUAUUUCCACCCGCAUCCUCCGAGACGCCAACGGCACCAGCAGAGGGGUGGGCUUUGCCAGGAUGGAGUCAACAGAGAAAUGUGAGGCCAUUAUCCAGCAUUUCAAUGGAAAAUAUAUCAAAACUCCUCCUGGGAUUCCAGUGCCGUCAGAACCCCUGCUGUGUAAAUUUGCCGAUGGAGGCCAGAAGAAACGUCAGAGCCAAGGAAAAUAUCUGCAGAACGGCCGGCCUUGGGCGAGAGAUGGGGAAUCUGGAGGGAUGACCCUGACCUAUGACCCUACCACAGCCUUACAGAAUGGGUUCUACUCUUCUCCGUAUAGCAUGACGCCCAAUCGGAUGAUCGGACCAGCUUCCCUUUCGCCAUACAUGCAUUCGCCUGUGUCGACCUAUCAGGUACACAACCCGUCCUGGAUACAUCACCAGUCGUAUAUAAUGCCGCCCACAGGCGCCGUCCUGACGUCGGGAAUGGACCCCGCCAUGUCCAUCCAGCCGUCUUCCAUGAUGGGGCCCCUGACACAGCAGCUCAGCCACCUGACCAUGGGCAGCAGUGGUACAUAUAUGCCUGCAAACACAUCUAUGCAGGGGACCUACAUACCCCCUUACACCCAAGUGCCUGCAGCUAACAUCUCAGUCGAGGAAAGUGCCGUUCAACAGCCCAUUGCCAUAGAGACGCCCACAGAACACACAACCUACUCCUACCAGCAUAACAAGUGA